GACCGGGCGCGGCGGCGGGCGGAGCCUCCCCGCCGCUCGCCCCUCCGCCCGGCCGCUGCGGCAGUGUCUCGGAGGCGGGCAGGCGGCCGGUCCCUCCGGUCCCCCGGCAGCAUCCCGGCCCCGCCAUGGCUGGCGUCGGCUUCGCGGCGCACCGCCUGGAGCUGCUCGCCUCCUACCAGGACGUGAUCGGCGAGGACAGCCCCACCGACUGGGCCCUCUACACGUACGAGGAUGGCUCCGAUGACCUGAAGCUGGCAGCGUCGGGAGGAGGGGGUCUGCUGGAGCUCUCCGGCCACUUUGAGAUCCAGAAGGUGAUGUACGGCUUCUGCAGCGUCAAGGAUCCCCAGGCCGUGCUCCCCAAAUAUGUCCUCGUCAACUGGGUGGGCGAGGACGUGCCCGACGCCCGCAAGUGCGCCUGUGCCAGCCACGUGGCCAAGAUCGCCGAGUUCUUCCAGGGCGUGGACGUGAUCGUCAACGCCAGCAGCGUGGAGGACAUCGACCCGGGGGCCAUCGGGCAGCGGCUCUCCAACGGGCUGGCCCGCGUCUCCAGCCCCGUGCUGCACCGCCUGCGGCUGCGGGAGGACGAGAACGCCGAGCCCGUGGGCACGAGCUACCAGAAAACCGACGCCACCGUGGAGAUGAAGCGGCUCAACCGGGAGCAGUUCUGGGAACAGGCCAAGAAAGAGGAGGAAUUGCGCAAGGAGGAGGAGCGGAAAAAGGCGCUGGACGCGCGGCUGCGGUUCGAGCAGGAGCGCAUGGAGCAGGAGAGGCUGGAGCAGGAGGAGCGGGAGCGGCGCUACCGGGAGCGCGAGGAGCAGAUCGAGGAGCACAGGAGGAAGCAGCAGAGCAUGGAGGCGGAGGAGGCCCGGCAGCGCCUGAAGGAGCAGUCCAUCUUCGGGGAGCAGCAAGAGGAGGACGACAGGCAGCAGCUCCGGAAAUCGGAGUCGGAGGUGGAGGAGGCCGCUGCCAUCAUCGCCCAGCGACCCGACAACCCCCGGGACUUCUUCAAGCAGCAGGAGCGGGUGGCAUCGGGCAGCAGCGACGCCAUCUCACCGGGCAGCCACAGGACAGGCAGCCAGUCGGACGCCUACCGAAAGGCUUCGGCAGUGGGCUGCAGCCCCUGCGAGUCCAGCCCGGCCUCCACGCCGCUGGGCCAGCAGGGCGCCCGCGGCUUGGCCGAAGAGACGCCAGCAACGCCCAAAGACUCCCCAAGCCCCAGCAGCGCCCAGGUGGCCGAGCCAGCGGUGGCCGAGCAGCACUGGCCCUUCCCGGGCCCCGAGGACAAAACCGCGGAGCCCCCGGGGGACGAGCCCGACCCCAGGCCGGCGUGGGCAGCCCCUGACGCCCUGGGGGACCUGGUGACCCUGGAGCCCACCGACCCAUCCCCGCUGCCCGCGGCGGCCGAGCCGCAGCCCACGGUGCCGCCCGGCGCUGCCGAGCCCCUCAUCGAGCUGUGGCAGAGCGACGGCGCCGCCACCGCCUGGCCCCUGCCCGUCGCCCCCACGCCCGCCCCCGAGGGACCCCCGGCCGCCCCCGACGAGGGGCCGCUGCUGAGCCUGGACGAGCUGCCCGAGCCCCCCGCCACCUUCUGCGACGCAGAGCGGGAGGAGAUGGAGGAAGAGGAGGAGGAGGAAGAGGAGGAGGCCAUUGCAGGGGGCCCCCACCCGGCGGGGCUCGGCUACCAGGACGCCGGCCCGGGCCACGAGCCCCCCCUCAUCACCAACGGGGAGAUGGCCCCCAAGGACGGCACGCCGGGCCGCAGCGAGCAGGCCAGCGAGGGCUACUUCAGCCAGUCCCAGGAGGAGGAGGUGCUGCAGCCCGAGGAGCCAUCGGCCAAAGCCCCCCAGCCCGUCUUCUACAACAAGCCCCCAGUACUUUGCACGAGUUCAACAAAAAAAAUGAAAAAACAGAAAAAAAAACAGCGGAAUAAUAAUAAUAAUAAUAAAUGAAUAUGGCAAUAAAGUGACCCUACCGAGGCGAGGCUGCGGCCGGCGGCACCCCCCCACACACACCCCAAAACACUGGGGGGACGUGGGGAGCCAGCGUGGGGCUUCCCCCCCUCCCCUCCUUGCCAGGAGCCCCCCCCGGGCGCAGGGCUUGCCCGCCGGAGCCCCCUCCCCAUUUCCCUCCCUGCUUCGCCCCUCGCUUGGCCCCUUUCUUCCCCUACGGUAACUGUUUUUGGAAAGCACAAGUUCUGUAACGGCGGCGUGCUGAUGUAUGUUAA